GAGCAGAAUAAAACUAUGAAAUCGCUUGACCCUUGGCAAGAUUUGAAAGAAGAUUACGGCAAAGGAGGAUACGAGCGGCUUACAAGCAUGCGAAAGACAAAUCCACACCUAAAGGUACUGCUUGCUAUCGGCGGAUGGGACGAGGGAUCAGAGAAAUACUCGAACUUCACAGCCAAUGCAACUAAUCGUCAAGAGUUUGUAAUUAAUGCUUUGGAUUACGUUAGGCAGUAUGAUUUCGAUGGCCUCGAUCUGGACUGGGAGUACCCUACACAACGUGGAGGAGAUCCCGUCGAUCGAGGAAACUUUGUCGCCUUGGUUCAGGAGUUGAGCACGCUGUUCAAGAAACAUAAUCUAUUGCUCACGUCUGCCUUUGCGGCCAGCAAAAAAGUAAUUGACGAAGCAUAUGAUAUCCCGGCACUCUCAAAGUAUCUCGACUUUCUGCACAUCAUGUGCUACGACUACCACGGAAGUUGGGACGGUAAAAUCGGACCAAACGCGCCCCUUUCGAGUUCCGAUUUUUUGAGCAUCGAGUACACGAUAGAGCAUCUCUUAAAUCUUGGUGCUCCAACUAGCAAAAUUGUACUUGGUUUGCCCUUCUAUGGGCGUACCUUUGUCAGCCCAAUCGUUGGAGCUAGCAUGGGAGACGAUGCCGAAGAAGUUGGCUUCCCCGGUCCGGCCACCAAGGAGAACGGUUUCAUGGGCUACAACGAGAUCUGCGAGGAGCUAAAGCGCAAUCCGAGUGACUGGAGGCUAAGCUGGGAUGCUGUCUCGGCCGAGAUGGUGGCUAGUAAAUCGAAUGACACCGCGUCGCAGGUGAUCGUGUACGACAGUACCCGUUCCAUCGCCAAGAAGGUACGGUUCGCGAUGCGCCAGAAGCUGGCAGGACUGUUGGUGUGGUCAAUCGAUACAGAUGACUUUAGUGGUUUUUGUAAACCGGAAUUGGAUACAUAUGAAGAUUUCGCCGAAAAGGUAAAUAUUUCGCUCUUGAGCAUACCGCCACCAGUAAAUGGCAAGUAUCCGUUGCUUAAAACGAUUAACAACGCAAUCGUGCUGGCGGCUGAGGAGCUUGCCCAGGAAAAUGUCACUCCUGACAUUCCAGAAGAUGUUACUGCAGAUGAAACUGAAUCCUAUGAUCCAUCAGCUGCCCGUUCUUUAUUCGCAAUGAUAUCAGUCGGUCAUGUUAUCGUGGUAAUCAGUCUCUUCAAAGAUUUUGCGAUUUCUUUUUCGUUCUUCAAUUCUUAA